AGCAUCGUCGACGACGCUUUCGCUGUAACGAAAGAACCUGCGAAACUUGGAUCAACUAUGGCGGAUCUCUCUCUUCCUCCAGAUUCUCUUUUCCUCGGAUUCGACAGCUCUACCCAGUCUUUGAAAGCAACAGUGUUAGACUCAGGCCUGAAUAUUGUCACGAGCGAGUUUGUUCAUUUUGAUUCCGACCUUCCCCAUUACAAAACCAAAGAUGGAGUGUACAGAGACCCCAACGUAAAUGGCAGAAUCGUGUCCCCCACUCUCAUGUGGGUGGAGGCACUGGAUCUCCUCCUCCAGAAGCUCUCCGAGGCGAAGUUCGAUUUCGGGAAAGUCAUCGCGGUUUCAGGAAGCGGCCAGCAACACGGCAGUGUCUACUGGCAAAAAGGUGGUUCUCAGAUUUUGAGAUCUUUGGAUUCCAAUAGAUCCUUGAAGGAUCAGCUUGAAGACGCUUUCUCGGUCAAGGAGUCUCCUAUAUGGAUGGACAGCAGCACCACGGCGCAGUGCAAAGAGAUUGAGAAUGCUGUGGGAGGAGCCAUGGAGUUGUCAGAGAUCACUGGCUCCCGUGCUUACGAGCGGUUCACUGGCCCACAGAUACGGAAGCUUUUUACCACGGAGGCUGAUUUGUAUAAGAGCACGGAGCGAAUAUCUCUUGUUAGCUCCUUCAUGGCGUCUUUGCUGAUUGGAGAUUAUGCUUCCAUUGAUGAAACUGAUGGAGCUGGGAUGAAUUUGAUGGAUAUAAAGAAGCGAUGUUGGUCUAAAGCUGCGUUAGAGGCUACAGCUACGGGUUUGGAGGAAAAGCUUGGAAAGUUAGCGCCCGCUUAUGCUACUGCUGGUUCCAUUUCUCAGUAUUUUGUUCAGAGGUUCGGUUUCGAAAAGAGCUGCGUGGUGGUGCAGUGGUCAGGAGAUAAUCCUAAUAGCUUGGCAGGUCUGACUCUUAGUACUCCUGGAGAUCUGGCGAUCAGUCUUGGGACCAGCGACACGGCAAAACAUCAACCCAGUCUUGAGGGCCAUGUGUUUCCCAACCCCGUGGACCCUGAGAGUUACAUGGUAAUGUUGGUUUACAAGAAUGCUUCUCUCACCCGUGAAGAAAUUCGUGACCGUUGCGCUGAGGGUUCUUGGGAUAUUUUUAACAAGUAUUUGGAGCAAACACAUCCACUAAAUGAUGGGAAACUCGGCUUCUACUACACUGAAAAUGAAAUUCUUCCCCCACUUCCCGCCGGCUCUCACCGUUACAUUCUUGAGGACUUCUCUCCAACAUCCAUUGAGGGUGCAAAGGAACGAGAGGUGGAUACGUUCGACUCUCCCUCAGAGGUAAGAGCAUUGGUUGAAGGUCAGUUUCUGUCAAAGCGGGCUCAUGCCGAGAGAUUUGGUAUGCCUUCCCCUCCGAUCCGAAUAAUAGCCACGGGAGGUGCAUCAGCUAACGACAAUAUUCUGUGUCUGAUCUCUGCAAUCUUCGGAUGUGAUGUAUAUACUGUCCAAAGGCCUGAUUCAGCAUCGCUUGGAGCUGCACUGAGAGCUGCUCAUGGCUGGCUCUGCAACAAAAAAGGAAGCUUUGUGCCCAUUUCAUAUCUCUACGAGGGGAAACUGGAGAAGACGUCUCUGAACUGCAAGCUCAAGGUAAAAGCAGGAGACGAGAAUGUGGCUUCCUCCUACGGCUUGUUGAUGAAGAAGAGGAUGGAAAUAGAGAAGAAGCUUGUGGAGAAGUUAGGACACUUCUAA